GGAUGAUAAUAUUCAUAUACGCUCAGUCAUUGCAACCAUAGCCACCAUGCUUUUGUUCAUCUUAACCAAUUUGCCACAGUCCCAUUCUCAAGAAGAAGAGACCAAAUACACAAGCUGUAGCAGGCAGCCAUACAACUGUGGAGAUGUGUCCAACAUCUUCUACCCUUUCUGGGGACACAACAGACCCCAAUAUUGUGGCGGUGGCCACCAAUUAGAUUUCAAACUUGAGUGUCAGAACGAUAAUACCACCGUUCUAAUUGGCUCACCAAAUUUCCAAGUUUUGCGUAUCGACGCAACAGCUUACACCAUUACAAUGAAGCAAACGGUCGAUGAUGUUUGUUCUCCGACAUUUUACGACACUUUCUUGGGUCUGGACCCAGCCUUCUUCGUGUAUCCACCAACUGUGCACAACAUCACAAUUUUCUACAACUGUUCCUCUUUAGAAUUCUCUGCUGCAGAUAGAUACGAAUUCACGUGUGGAAAUGAGAAUGGUACCUAUGGUGUGGGUGGGAAAGAUGACGUGUUGAAAGAACAUCCAGAGCUUCAGAAUUGCGAGCGACAUAUCCAAGUGCCGAUUCAGGUUCCUCUGGAUGAUAUGAAAGGUGCUUUGGAUGGUGGGUUUGAGGUGAACUAUAAUAAUCCACACGGUAAAGAAUGCAGACGAUGUUCGGAUAGUAAAGGAGUUUGUGGACACAAUUCAACUUCUCAUGAAUUUACCUGUUUUUGCAAAGAUGGAUCAUCUGAUGCUAUUGUUUGCUAUGGUGGAGGUUCUAAUAGUACUCGGUCGCACUUGCUACGGAAAAUACUUACAGGUAUUAUUGGUGGAGUGAUAGCAGGAUUGUUGAUAUGUAUUACUAUUUUUUGUUUAGGAUGCAAGUCCUCGUCUUGGCGUGGAAAAUUUUGGUUGACCACAAAAGAUAACAAAGAUAUUGAAGCAUUCUUAAAAAAUCAUGGAGCCUUAACUCUAAAAAGAUACAAAUUCUCAGAUGUCAAGAAAAUGACCAACUCCUUCAAAAAUAAACUUGGGCAAGGUGGUUUUGGUUCUGUAUACAAAGGACAACUAUUUAAUGGUUGCCCUGUGGCUGUAAAGAUAUUGAGGUCAUCGAAAGGAAACAAUGAAGACUUCAUCAACGAGGUUGCCAGUAUCAGUAGCACUUCGCAUGUCAAUGUUGUCACCCUUCUUGGAUUUUGUUUUGAAGGCCGCAAGAAAGCUCUCAUCUAUGAAUUUAUGUCCAAUGGUUCCCUUGAAAAGUUUAUUUACAGAAAUGGACAUGAAGCCGUUGCUUCUUUGAACUGGGAGGAUUUGUAUCAAAUUGCCAUGGGGAUUGCUCGAGGGCUGGAGUACUUGCAUAGGGGAUGCAAUACUAGAAUUUUGCAUUUUGACAUAAAACCACAUAAUAUCCUUUUGGAUGAGAAUUUCUGCCCCAAGAUAUCAGAUUUUGGGCUAGCAAAGCUCUGUCCUAGGAAAGAGAGCAUGAUUUCAAUGUCAGAUGCUAGAGGGACAAUUGGGUAUGUAGCUCCAGAAAUGUGGAAUAGACAUUUUGGAGGAGUAUCUCAUAAAUCUGAUGUUUAUAGCUACGGAAUGAUGCUGCUAGAAAUGGUGGGAGGGAGAAGGAACGUUAAUGCUGACGCCAGUCACACUAGUGAGUUAUACUUCCCACACUGGGUAUACAACAGGCUUGAGCAAAGCAGUGAUUUGAGGCCAGAUGAGGUGAUGAAAACAGAAGAAAAUGAGAUAGCAAAGAGAUUGACCGUAGUGGGUUUAUGGUGCACUCAAACGUUUCCAGAUGAUAGACCUACAAUGAGUAGAGUGAUAGAUAUGUUGGAAGGCAGCAUGAAUUCCCUCGAAAUUCCACCAAAACCUAUGUUAUCUUCUCCUACUAGAUCAGUGUCUGGAUCCUCCACCUCUUGAAAUCUCGUUGCAUUUUGGAUAAAUAGUUUAAGUUAUACUGUAAAACGGAUCAUUCAACAUAUGUGUUGAAAAGCAAGUGUAUCUCAUAUGUGUAUUAAACAGUUAAUAUAUUGAAUGCAAAAUCCAGAGCAAUUGAUGGAUCUGUUGCAGAAGGUCUGGGAACAGUUGAUGACUCAUAUGAAGGAACGUUCGGGACUGUUUGCUAGGUUUUAUAGUGAGAAUUAUCUCCCUGUUGACAGUCUCCCUCUUUUUUCUGAACUACUUCUCGUUCCCCAUUUGUUCAUGAGUUCUUUCCUUUCAUAGUGGAUUGACUCUUAUUUAUCUUAUUCCAUCUAUCACUUCAAUAAACUUCAAUGAAUAGCUU